GUUUCUAAUUGGAUUAUGGUUAUAACUAAAAAUCGGUUUUGGUGUUAAUUUUGUUAACUGAAAAUACAAUUAGUCACCAAGAUGUGGCUAGACGAGGCGGACGGCUUCGCCGAGAUUUUUAAGGGCUACUUACCCUAUUACUUGCUUGUGGCUCUACCUAUUUUUAUCAUAAUGUCUCCUGUAAACCCGGUCGCUGCUUCUCAUGAGUUUUCCGUGUACAGAAUGCAACACUACGACUUGCACACCGUUCCCCAUGGAUGCCGCAGUGCAAGCUUCAACUUGGAAGGUCGUUCCCUAACAUCCUGGAGUACUUCUCGUCACUGCGUUGUCGCCAGGGUGCAGGACAUCAGCAUUGAACAGUUCAUGGAGAUCCGCAGCAAAGCUGGAGCCUUGCUGCUGGUGUUGCCGAAAAAUGACACUGUUCUUACUGCUGAGGAAAAAGAGCACAUCCAACUCCUGGAAAUGGCAAUGAUCCAGCAAGAAGUGAGUGCCCCAGUCUACUUUGCUCGCUGGUCUCCGGACUUCGAGGAUAUUCUCCGAGAUCUGCAGCACAGCUUCAUUACUGACGAUAAGUCAGGAACGGCUCUGGAAGCUAUGAUGAACUCUGUGUCUUCAAACGGAUACCAGAUUGUGGUAUCAGCCUCGACGCCCGCUAAGCUGGAGUCCAAACCAGUCACUCUACAUGGCAAGUUGGUUGGUCGCUCUGGAUCAGCACAAACUAUCGUCAUCGCCGCUCACUACGACUCCUCCGCUGCUGUUCCUGAGCUCUCUCAAGGCGCAGACUCCAACGCGUCAGGCGCGGUGGCAAUACUAGAGCUGGCGCGUGUGUUCUCUCGCUUGUACAGUAACGCGGCCGUGAGGGGCGCGCCCUCGCUACUGUUCGUACUGACGUCACUGGGACACUCACUCAACUACUUCUCAGCCAAGAAGUGGCUCGAGGAACAACUGGAUUCUACUGAUGCUGCGUUGUUGCAAGAUGUAUCCUUCGUAAUGUGCCUGGACUCGAUAUCCUCAUCUCCUUCAAUGACGAUGCACGUGUCGAAGCCUCCCAAGCCAGGCGGCGCGGCCCAUUCUAUCAAGUCAAGGCUCGGAGUCAACAUCAACCAUAAGAAGAUCAACCUGGCUGAUGAGUUACUCGCCUGGCAACAUGAAAGAUUCAGUAUUAGAAGGAUGACUGCGUUCACACUAAGUUCCUUGCAGACCCACAAAGACCCAGCCCGCAGCACGCUACUAGACAGUCCGUCGGAGAGUGCCAUCAAGAACCUCGCCGACAACAUCGCGCUCACGGCCCGCGCACUCGCCUCGCACAUAUACAAUCUCACUGACGAACUCAACCAGGACGACGCUGAGCUGUAUAAUGAUGCUUUGGGAGUGGACGAGGCGGCAAUUAGACAUUGGUACACUUACUUAUCCUCACAACCGAGAGCACCUCAGAUUGUCACCACAACACCUCCUAAUACAGGAGUGACCGGCGCCCUAGAGCGAGCCCUGUCUCGCUACAUGGAGGUGACAGUCAGCACUCAUACGGUGGACAAGCGGGAACCAGAGUACACGCUGUACGGACCUACUAGGGCAUCGCUCUAUGUGUAUAGUGUAAAACCAGCAGUCUUCGAUCUAAUACUUACAUUAGCAAUAGUGGCGUACCUAACUAUAGUCUACUUCGCUAUCCAAUUGUUCCCGCGAUUCUACGAAGAAUACGCGAAAAUAGUUACAGGUAAGUCCAAAGUACACUAACUUCUUCCCAAGUGGUGUGGAGAAUGUUCCAGAAGAAUCCAAUAUGGCUGCGCUAAUAUUAUGUGUAGGUGACACUCGCUAGAUGUAGUUUACGUGUUCAUUACGAAUGUAUAUUAAUAAAUAUGAGCGUUGGUUUGUAUUGUUAGAUGUUUUUUUCGAAAUAGUGAAGUAAUAGAGGAAUGCUCUACUAGUUUCGAGUCUAACCGGGACUCAUAUUCAUGGGCAACGUGGUUCCAGAUUCGCCAUUGCAAUGAAGUUUAUAAUGUAACUAGAGUCUGUCUGUUUCUUUGGGAAACAUGAUAUUUAAUAUAAAUAAUAUAGACAAAUAUAAAUAAUACAAAGAUAUUAUCACUGUUUACAUAAAAUAUCUAACAAUAUAAACCAACAAAUAAAAGGAUUGGUUGUACACAAAAGAGAUAAUGAAUUGUUAAUACAGUUUGAUGCAUUUAUUUUAAAAAUAGUUGCAAAUCUAUACAUUUUAAUAGCAUAGCUAUUUGUCCUAAAGACUCAUUGAAGUGCAAAUUGUUCUAGCGUUAUUGUAAGGUUAUAUAAAUACAGUUAAAACUACGUACUACACACAGGGAAUAUGAAUCCCUGUUCUUUUCUUGCAAUAUUUAUUGUGUGGGGUCAAAUCUUGCAACUCAAUUUUAAAUCAAUUAACCUCAACUGAUUGAUAUGAAGUUUUGCAUUCAUAUGUAACAUGAAUGCAUGAUUAGCCAAGUGACGUCACUCUAAAUCCAAAAUGGCGGACUACGUUAUUUGUGCACUCAAAUCUCGAACUAAAAACUCAAACAACAGGGCUCAAUUUCUCUUGUUGUGGUACGUAGUAACUUAAUUCGGACUUCAUAUCCACACCACGAAGUCAAUCUUAGUGCAUAAGUGUUGAACAAUUUGAUUUACAUAUUAAAGCGUAAGUUUUCACAAAUAAUUUAUGAAGAAAAAAAAUAGAGAAUGGAAUAAUUUUUCAUAUGAUACCUAAUUGUUUAUUUAUGAUGAUACAGAUAGCUAUAUAUUGGUGUUUGUUUUUGUUCAUUCUCUUAACUUUACUGUUGCUAUCUUUGUCUGUAGCGUGUAAUUAGAACAGGACGGAGAAUACUUUGACAGCUGUCAAAGUCCCUCGUCUCGUAAAUCGAAGUACGUUCUGUCCUUUGCCAAAGUUCUAUGGGUGACUGAGAUAGCAAUAGACAAGGUAAGACUAUGAACAAUCAGACACUUUUGUUAUUUGAUGGAGAACUAAAUUUUUGUCAGUGAACACAAUGUUACCUAUUUAGAUUAAGUAAUGGCGAUACAAUAUGAAAUUUAAACAUUCUAUUAAGUCCGUCAGUUAGAUUAUGAAGUAUCAUAUUAGACACAUUAUUUUAUUUCGUCGAGAAUUGAUAGAAAUAUUCA